UAUCUUAAAAAGCUUUUUCUUUUGUUUAUAGAUAAACACGAAGACAAAAACGCAGUAUAGUCGUAUAUAAGAUAAUAAGAUACGUCAACGUAUACAAUGGUUGCUCUGCCUCUGUAUGACUCCGUCGCCUACCUAUAUCUCCCCUUAGCCUCCAAGUUCUUCUUACGUCAAGCCACUGAAAAAUACCGAAAUACCCCUGAGAGUUAGCUAGCUUGGGCACCAAGCAAAGCCCGGAGCCACUCUCCCUCCCCUAUAAAUACUCACUCCAAUCAAGUCGCUUGGCUCAAUCAUCUACCUGAGAAAAAUCGUCUCUUUACAAACAAAAAAAAGAAGGAAAAGUUAUAUAAAGUCGUUGACUUUGGGAGAAAUGGAGGUUUCCUGUCCGAACAGCUCCAGGAGGGAGGAACGACCGCUUCCACCGAGAAGAGGCCGAGUCAUGAUCAUGAUCGCGCGCGAUCUGGUCAGAUCGAGGGCCACCAUCGCUUCCACGUGUACGAUCAAGGACAAGAUCACCGGCGACGCCACUCUGAGCUCCUCCUCGGCCGCCGCAGAUUCUCCCGGCGGUGGCUACGUCUCCGACGACAACCCUUCUCCUUGAAUCCCGAUCUUCUCUCUUCGUUUGUAACUUGAAUCUGAAAUCAGAAUAUAAAUUAUGGGUCUUUUUUCUUUCUUCUUUGGAUUUGGGAUGUAAAUAUGCAGUGUAAUGUGUUAAAGAGUAUGAAUAGAUUCUUUGUUGUUGUUGUGAUCA